AUGUCGUACAGAGAAGAGGUGCAGAAUCUCUUGAGCCUCAAGGGUGAUCUACAUACAGACGAGGGCCACGUCGGGGACGAGCCUGGCUUUCGAUUAUUGCGAGACGGUCGCAAAUAUAUUCUUGGAAACGAUGCUGACGGCAUUAUAGAUGUAACAUUUGUUAGACUUGCCCACCUCGACGCUUCUCGGGAACAGAAGCUCGACAAGAUUGCAGCGCAGAUGAUCAAGCCUUCCAAAGAGGCGUCUUGCAAAACGAUUGUCAGGUAUCUCGACUAUCUUCCAAAAGAGAAGACUUUUAUCGACAAGAUAGUUCUCGACGUGGCAUGGGACCUCCUUCUCGCGCUCGCGUACCUUCACGGGACAGGAACGGCACACGGAGACGUCCGGCUACCCAACGUCUUUCCCUUUCCUCUGGAAAACUCACGCGUUCGCUACAAGCUCUUUGGGCACGGCUUCGUUCCCGAGGUUAUCAGCCACCAGUUGCGGGACGCCGGCUACCUGGCUCCCGAGUUUCGUUCACGAGGCAAGUGGUAUGAUUUCAGUACGACCACAAAGCCAACGCCUGAGUCUGACGUUUGGAUGCUGGGAAUGGUGCUCUGGCACUGUCAUCAUUUCGGGGUUUACUACAGCGGCCGCCGCUCUGCCAGGGAACGGUGGGAUUCAGACAUCCUUGUCCAACCUGACCUUACCGACGGCUCAGAAGACGGCGUCGAUUCCUUGGAAACUCGAAAUCAUGGCUGCAAGCCCUCUUCCCAUCGUCUUGUGGAGGACCUGCUUCAUAAGAUGCUCAUUCCAGACCCUAACCGACGAUGGAGCGCCGCGGAUUUGCUGGAGGAGCUGAAGCUGCAAAAGUGCUACACCGGGGAGGAAGGUGACAUGGAGCAGGACUUGAAUGACCUGCAGCCUGCUCUCAAGGGUGAGAAAUAUGAUAUCUGGAGAAAGGCGAUGGCCAAGGCGAGUAGGUUUUGUGAGGACAUUUGUUUCUCGGGUAGUGUUGAGGACUUGGAAAGGAACUUGACCUUUGUUGGAGUCAUGCUUGUCUUAUCCGGUCGUUGGGUUUAA